GUGGCAUCGUCAUGAAAUCAGGCGCUCGUCAAAAUAAUAAAAAUCAAAGAAACCGUCGAGGAGUUGCUAUCGUUGUUAAAAAUCUAUUUUAGGCUCUACAACUUUUAUUCCAAUUCAAAACCCAUUUCUGUGUGGAUUUCAUAGAUAGAUAUUGCCCAGAGGCAAAAAAAAAGUAAAUUUACAGCUUCCAAGGACACCCACGUUUUGGACAUCACCAAACUAUUUUCUCAUUAAUUUUACAUCUGCACACAGGGGAUCUCCACAUCCUCCAAUCGCAAAUAUCUCGACCUUCAUUUGAAUUAGAUAGGUAUUUUUUAAAAUCAAAAUCAAAAUAAAUAAUCAUGCUUUUUGCGCAUACCAAUUAAUAACACCAUAUCCCCAAAAACCUGACGAGAGCUUGAUUUCACCAUUCUGUCACACAUUGCUUUUGCUCGACGCUCUAAUGUUGAGCCCUCUAAUCAGACAAGUUCACCACGUACAUAACGCUAUGUUCUGAUUGUCCUUGUUUUGCUUUAGUACGUGGCUACAGCCUGUUCCCACCUGUCUGUCUCUUCAUUUUGAUGUCAGUAAGUGAAGUUUACGAGAAGCAGAGGCUGCCCAUUGAUCUACAGACAUGACUACUCACAGGUUUGUGCCCGCAAUCGUCUUGCUACUUUGGAUCCUGUGUAGAAGUAUCAUCUUCGCAGAGGGAUCAGAUCCGUUGGCAAUGGCUCCAAUUGGAUCAACAAUGGAGCCAGUGAAAGGAUCAGAAUCUUCCUCUUAUGAGAUGAACGGUAUGCAAAACAUGCCCUCAUUUGACCAGAUGGGGGUUGAUGAUGAGGGGGGUGAUGAUGACGACGACAGUGGGAUAGAGGGAGGAAGCGGAGACUCCAGCAACUUUAUCGUAGGGGGCGACACCGUCACGAACUCGGGGAGGAGGAGAAGGUUCUCUUAUACCGUCACCAUACAAGUCAAGCUGAUUGACCGUUAUUACCACCUUUGUGGAGGAGCCCUGGUCUCCGAAGACAAAAUCCUCACGGCCGCCCACUGUGUCCAGAAUAUUAUCUUGGUGACGGUGGUGCUCCUCUGGUGUGUGGUGGGCGGCUGGUCGGCAUUUUGUCCUGGGGUCUGGUUAAGUGCAACGGCUGUUUCCCUGACGUCUACACCAGGAUCUCCUCCUAUCUGGCCUUUAUCAAUAGACAGCUGUAGGUCGGGGCAGACCGGAAGCUAGGAACACCGGAAACAGAAAAGUGGUGUUCAGAAACUGGAAAUGAGGCCUGAACUGUGUUUGGAAAGUAUUGU